UCCCUAAAUUAAUACAAAAGAAAAUAUCAAUUUUCUUCGUACGCGCGUAAAACAAGUUCUACGGCUGAUACAGUGUCAAUAUUAUCACAAUAAAUGAAUAUUAUCUUUAUCUAAGAUUCCUAAAUCGAUAAAUUGUGUAUAGCAAAUACAAAUACGAGACAUAAAAAUGACAGCAGAACAUAAAAAAUUUUUAAAUGGUCUUUUAAACAGCAUAGAAGGCCUACAUAGUAUAUUAAUCACAGAUCGAGAUGGUGUACCGGUUGUAUCUGUAGCAGAUGAGAAAGCACCAGAACUUGCUAUGAGAGCAAGUUUUCUUUCUACUUUUGGAAUGGCUACAGAUCAAGCAAGUAAAUUAGGACUUGGAAAAAAUAAAAUAGUUAUCUGUAUGUACAGCAGUUAUCAGGUUGUGCAAUUAAAUAAAUUACCAUUGGUUAUAAGCUUUAUUGCUAGUCAUAAUUGUAAUACAGGUCAUAUUUUAUCACUAGAGAAUAAAAUUGAACCAAUUUUGAGCAACUUAAAAAGUGCAGUGGUAGAAGCCUGAUGGUUACCUGUAGUUCACUAUGGGUGAUAAAUAAUAAAUAUUCUUCGAAGCACUUGUGUAUAUCUCUCGAAGGAUAAUUGAUAUGUUAUUAGGCAUUGUUAUGUACAGUACCUAUAAUUGAAGGAAAAUUGUUCUAUA